UUCAGUUUAAACGGAAGUGAACAUUAACUAAGAACAAUUUCCACGUUAGCGUUUUUAUUAAGACGUUUAUUAACGCAGUGGAACUCAUGACAUUUAAAUGAACAGCAUCACAUACUUUUCCUAGGUAGUGUUUAAUUCUCGUUGGAGACAGAACUUGGUUGAUCGAUGUUAUCUAGUUAACGCUAGCUAGCUGCUAACAAUGGCUAACUGUAUGGUUUUUCACACUCAGAUAGCCUCCAUCAUGGAGGUGCUAGCAAAUGCAGCCGUUGCAGAGAUCUGUAAACUCGUAGACGACGACUAUGCAGUGUUUCGUUUGGAAAUAACUCAAAGUCGGAAAGAAAACAGCUCAUUGCGGAGGAAACUACAGCUACUCGAUCUGAAAGUCGCACGGGAGCGCGCAGAAAGGACAAUGCGAGAGCGCGUCCUCGCCAGUCGUCCCAGUAGUGUCAAGAUCCUCAACCGAAACAGAGGAAUGACCAGAGGUGAAGGACAUUUCACUGGAGGCCACAGGAGCUUUGUGAAGCCAGCGACAGACAAUACAUGGAGAGAUGACCAACCAAUCACUGUUGAUGAGGGGAGUGGAACCUCAACCCAACACGUUAUCGUGAUAGAGCCUGCAGAUGCCUGGUCUGAAAGAGAGGAGGACCCACGGCACAGCAGACACAUCCAGACUGGAGUGGCUGGAGUGCACCAUGAAGCCACUGAGGACCCCACCACCGUCCCAGCACCGCCCAGGCCCAGGACCCAACGCAGCAUCACGGAGGAGGAGGAGGGUCCAGAAGUGCUGCUGGUGAAGGAGGAGGGUCUGGGGAACACUGAGGGGAACAUGGUCAUAGAGGACAACCAGACUACACCUCCUCCUGAACCCACAGAGGAACCAGCUGAGCAGCACAGGACCACACACAGUCUCACUGAGUCAGUAGACGUGGAGGAUGGGAAGCCUGAUCUGCUGCUAGUCAAAGAGGAGACCAUAGAAGACGGACCCGAGAGCAUUGAUCUACUGAGUGGGCUAAAGAUGGGGGAGCAAGGUGGUUGGCUGGAGGCUAACCGAGGAGACUGGGCGGACAUCUUGGAUUCCCAGGACGGUGCAGCCAAGGACCCAGGGGACAACAUCACUGAGCAGGCCAGGACUAGAGAUGACAUAGUGGAGUCUGCAGAGGCUGCAGGUCCUGGGGUCAAGCUGGAGAGGACUGGAGGAGAGGACGACCAACGACACAGCAGAGACAUCCAGACUGGAGCUCCCCAUGUAGCCACAGAGGUCCCCACCACCUCCGCCCCAGCACCGCCCAGUACCCGACGCAGCAUGACGGAGUUCAGUGGAACGCCGAACGCAUUCCUCAAGUCAGAGACCAACACAGAGACUGUAAAACACAGGCUCUUACACCCAGGAUCUGACCACGGAUCAGACCCAGAGAGACUGGAGCGACUGGUCUGUCCUCCUGCUCCUGGCUCGGAAUACUUACCGGUAUUUCACCAGAGCCAGAGGAUGGUUCAUUCCUGUUGUGACACGUUAGACACUGGUGUUGAUGAUCUGCCUUGCUCUUACACACCAGAGAUGGACCCUGGCAACAUGCCCUUGGGUUUAGAGACACAGACUGAUCUGUCUAAAGGGGACUGGAACCGGUAUAGUAGUAGUGUAUACUCUGAAGGGUGCCUAGAUAAGAAAGGGGAGGUUAUAGUCGUAGACGAAGUGACUGUGAAAAUGGAGGGCGACGUUCCUCUGACACUAAAUGCAGACAAGACUCACUUAGGACUUGGACACUCACAAGGUAGAGAUGUCUUAGAUUACAGGGAAAGUUUAGAGACUAAUCCAAAUGUUGCGACCCACUCCCCUUUACACAUUCUCAGGGAUCGCGACACAGUGUCCACGUCGAUGGGGGCUUCCGAUUCACACGGCCGCAUCCUUUUCUAUCAAGUAUUGAACUCAAAGGACCAAAGGGCCCAGGCUCAGGAAGGGGGAGCAACAUCAGGCAAUAGUAAAGAGAAACGGUUCAUCUGCAUGUCCUGUAACAAAGGCUUCAGCUGCCUCCAGAAUGUAAAGACUCACCAGAGGGUCCACACAGGGGUGAAACCCUUCAGCUGUACCCAGUGUCAGAUGCGCUUCUCCCACUCGUACAGCCUGAAGAGACACCAGAGGGUCCACACAGGGGAGAACUCUACAGCUGCCAGUAGAGUGAGAAGCGGUUCUCCCACCAGAACCCGCUGAAGAUGCACCUGAAGGUCCACACGAGAGAAAGGUUGUUGGCCUGUACGCACUGUGGGAAGAGAUUCUCAGAGAAGAGCUACCUCAGGAUACACCAGCUUAAAAACCAUUCACUCUACAACAUAGAAAGUAACCAUUCCACAAGAUAGCUUCUGACGUUUAGAUCAAACCCUGCAUUAAAGUUAAUUUUCAUUAUUGUUAUUAGAAAAGAUUCACAGAUGCAUUUGGAAUAACGAGAGUAACAUAUUUCAGUGUUGAAUAUUCCUGGGUAGAAUACUGCAUCCAGCCAGGUAUGAAGGGUGUGUAUAUAUAUAUAAGCCUAAAAACUCUGUUACUUAGUGUGUGUAGGCUAUAUGAUGGUCACAAAUUCCUAUUUCAUUACUUCCAUUCAACUACACUUUCAAUGAGAAAAUGAAGGCAGUUUAUCAAGUUCAUGCAGAGUUUUUGUUGAGACGUACAAUGCCGUCAGAAAGUGUUCUCACCCCUUCACUUUUCCCACAUUUGUUGUGUUAGACUGAAUUUAAAAUGGAUUAAAUUGAGAUUGUGUCACUGGCCUACACACAAUACUCCAUAAUGUCAAAGUGGAAUUAAGUUUAGACAUUUUUACAAAUUAAUUAAAAAUGAAAAGCUGAAAUAAGUAUUCAACCCCUUUCUUAUGGCAAGCCUAAAUACAUUCAGGAGUAAAACUUUGGUAGAUAGGUCAACAACAAAAAAACAUUGAAUAUUGCUUUGAGCAUGGUGAAGUUAUUAAUUACAGUUUGGAUGGUGUAUCAAUACAUCCAGGUACUGCAAAGAUACAUGCGUCCUUCCUAACUCAGUUGCCGGAGAGGAAGGAAACCGCUCAGGGAUUUCAACAUGAGGCCAAUGGUGACUUUAAUACAGUUAUAGUUUAAUGGCUGUGAUUGGAGAAUUGAGGAUGGAUCAACAACAUUGUAGUUACUCCACAAAACUAACCUAAAUGACAGAGUAAAAAGAAGAAAUGUACAGAAUACAACAUAUUCCAAAACAUGCAUCCUGUUUGCAAUUAGGGACUAAAUUAAAACAGCAAAAAAAUGUGGCAUUUUUAAAAACUUUAUGUCCUCAAUACAAAGCGUUAUGUUUGGGGCAAAUCCAACAACACAUCACUGAGUACCUACCACUCUUCAUAUUUUCAAUGUUCUUAUCCCUUGCUUGCUAGCUAUCCAACUAUGGCUAACUUAGUCACGUCAAACAAUGCAGGCAGAAUAACAACAAAGUAGCUGCAUUUACAUAAGCUGUCUUUUAGUGACAUUUAUUUGGAUACAUCCAUAACAAUGAGCUAAAUGAGGCGCGAUUUCACCUGGCAUAGAAAAUGUGCUCUCAUGAGGACACUUGUUCAGAGGAGCUAGCUAACAACACAGCUAACACAAUCACUUCAAACUGAAGCUGGAAAGACUGAAAACUAGCUGCACUUCGUUUCGUUUUACCUGUUUUCUUUUGACAUUUCUUUGUACAGUGGAGAUCAAGUUUAUAAAUUGUCUGGCUGGGCUGUUGAGACAGUGGAUUGCGCAGUGAGAUGGAACAGAGUAGAUAGGGAUUUCAACGUCAUAGUUUUAGCCGGUGGUAACUAAAACCUGGAAUGCAGAUUUAAACAGCUUCCAGGAUUAGUCCCAUCCAUUGUUUAAUGAUCAACAACCAACUUGACAGAGCUUGAAUACAUUUUAAAAGAAUAAUAUGGAAGCAUUGUGCAGUCCAGGUGUGUAAAGCUCUGAGAUACUUACUCAGAAAGACUCAGCUGUAAUUGCUGCCAAAGGUUAUUUUAACAUGUAUUGACUCAGGGAUGUGAAUACUUAUGUAAAUGACAUAUUUCUGUAUUUAAUUUUCAAUAAAUGUGCUAAAAUUUCUAAAAACA